ACGAUGGACGGUGGGCGGCGAAUGCUCGCCUCACUCGCCCGGCGGGCCCUGCGCCCUCAACGAACAGCCCAGACACCAUGGCCGCACUCCAGACUGCCUCCCGCGCUCCCCAUCUCCACGACGCUCGCCCGCGCUCUGUCAGCCUCCGCCAUCGCGCGCCAGCCGCGCGCACCGCCCUCGUCCAACGGCUCAGGCGCGCCGCCGCCUCCUUCGACACCCGCACGGCCCUCUGUACCCGCGGAGUACCCACACGUUCUGGCGCUGCCCAUCGCGCGGCGGCCCCUCUUUCCCGGUUUCUACAAGGCAGUCGUCAUCCGCAACCCCGGCGUCGUCGCGGCCAUCAAGGACAUGAUGGCGCGCGGGCAGCCUUACCUCGGCGCUUUUCUCCUCAAGGACUCGGCGGCGGACGCGGACGUGAUCGAGUCGCUCGACCAGGUGCACGACGUCGGUGUGUUUGCGCAGAUCACGAGCGUGUUCGCUCCGGCGCAGGGGCAACAGGGCAAGGACGGCGAAGAGGAGGGCCUCACGGCUGUUCUCUACCCGCACAGGAGGAUACGGAUUACCAGUCUCGUCAAGGGUGUCGCUCAGGUUGAGGAUGCGCCGGACGCUAAGCUGGAGGGCGUAGACACGGUCACGGUUGACGCUGUUACGGAUGCUGCAGCGGCGGAGAAGCCUUCGGAGGCGCCUGCGACGGCGACGGCGACCGAGGAGGCCGUCACCUCGCAGGACGCAUCGGGCCAGGAGACUACCCAGGACGCCAUCCCGACGCCGCCAGCCAGCGAGGCCGGUGAUGAUUCUCAGCCCCCGCCUGCCUCCGCGCACACGGCCUUCCUCCACUCGCACGCCGUCUCGGUCGUUGCAGUGGAGAAUGUCACUACGGCGCCGUACGACAAGGAUGCACCUGCCCUCCGCGCUCUCAUGGCCGAGAUCGUCAGCGUCUUCAAGGAUAUUGCGCAGCUUAACGCACUGUUCCGUGAUCAGGUCGCCAAUUGGAGCGUCAACCAGGUUGCUGCCAACGUCUUUGACGAGCCGGACAAGCUUGCGGACUUCGCCGCUGCCGUGAGCGCGGGCGAGGUAUCUGAGCUCCAGGCUGUACUCGAGGCGACGGAUGUGCAGACACGGUUACAGCAGGCGCUGCUGGUGCUGAAGAAGGAGCUCAUCAAUGCGGAAUUGCAGUCCAAACUUGCCCGUGACGUCGACUCCAAGAUCGCGAAGCGCCAGCGCGAGUACUAUCUCAUGGAGCAACUCAAGGGCAUCAAGAAGGAGCUCGGCAUGGAGUCUGACGGCAAGGACAAGCUCAUCGAGAAGUUCAAGGAGCGCGCAGCGCAGCUGAAGAUGCCUGAAGGCGUUCGUAAAGUCUUCGACGAAGAACUCUCCAAGCUCGCGUCCCUCGAGCCCGCGGCUAGUGAAGCGAACGUGACGCGCAACUACCUCGAGUGGCUUACGCAGAUCCCAUGGGGCAAGCAUUCGAAGGAGAACUACAGCAUCGCGCAUGCGACGAAGGUGCUCGAUGAGGAUCAUUAUGGCCUGCAGGACGUGAAGGACCGCAUCCUCGAGUUCAUUGCCGUGGGCAAGCUUAGGGGUACGGUGGGAGUCGCUGCUGGUACGAACAAGACUGGCACGGGCAAGAUCAUCUGCCUUGUGGGCCCGCCUGGUGUUGGCAAGACCUCGAUCGGCAAGAGCAUCGCGCGCGCUUUGGAUCGGCAGUUCUUCAGGUUCUCCGUCGGUGGUCUUACGGACGUUGCGGAGAUCAAGGGUCACCGCCGCACCUACGUGGGCGCCCUGCCAGGCAAGAUCAUCCAGGCCCUUCGCCGCGUGGGCACGGAGAAUCCGCUUGUGCUCAUCGACGAGGUGGACAAGGUCGGCCGCGGCAUCAACGGCGACCCGAGCAGUGCGCUGCUCGAGAUGCUCGACCCGGAGCAGAACUCAGGGUUCAUGGACCAUUACAUGGACGUCCCCGUCGACCUCUCGCGCGUCCUCUUCGUGUGCACGGCCAACACGCUCGAUACGAUCCCGGCUCCUCUGCUCGACCGUAUGGAGGUGAUGGAGGUCUCGGGCUACGUGCUCGAGGAGAAGAUGGUCAUUGCAUCGCGGUACCUCGCCCCGCAGGCAAAGGAGGGCGCGGGCCUGAAGGACGCGGACGUGGAGCUCGAGGAGAACGCGGUGGACCGGCUGAUCAAGUACUACUGCCGCGAGAGUGGGGUGCGCAAUCUGAAGAAGCAUGUGGAGAAGAUCUUCCGCAAGGCGGCGCUCAAGAUCGUGCAGGACCUCGGUGAGGAGGGACUCCCGGAGCCGGGCACGAAGCCGGCAAAGGCGGACGCGCGCGCUUCUUCGGCGGCGGAUGAGCGUUUGGUUGAAGCUGUCCAGGACAACGAGCCCGCAUCUGCGUCUGAGGCCGCACAGGCCGGUGAGGACGAGGCAGCGAGGAAGGCGCGCGUAGCGGGUGCCUCUGCUAUCCCGAAAAACGCUGCCCUCAAGACUGACGCCAACGAGCGCGUGAAGGAGGCCGUCCAGGACGACGAGCUGGCGUCCGCAUCUGUCGAGAAGCAGGCGGGCGAGGACGAGGCGGCGCGGUCAGCGCGCGUUGCGGGUGCAGAGACGGACCCGGCGGCGCCGCAGAGCAGCUUCGACCCCGCGUCAGCGAAAACCGGUUUCGACUCGGCCGCGGCGGCGAAGGACGGCGAGGACAGCACGGUCGCGUCGACUGAGCCGGCGUCGAAUGCGCCAGGUGCGCCGGCUGAGGAUCCGGAGAAGGAGGUAACGACGGUCGAGCGCGCGCCGAUGAAGGUGCCGGACUAUGUGCAUGUGCGGAUUACGGCGGAUAACCUGAAGGACUAUGUCGGGCCGCCCGUUUACCAGAAGGACCGCAUGUAUGCUCGUCAACCGCCUCCAGGUGUGAGCACCGGUCUCGGCUACCUCGGUAAUGGGUCUGGCGCUGUAAUGCCCAUCGAGGCGAUCAGCAUGCCCGGCAAGGGUGGUCUCCAGCUCACCGGCAAGCUCGGCGAGGUCAUCCGCGAGAGCGCGCAAAUUGGCCUGAGCUGGGUGAAGGCACACGCGUACGAGCUCGGGCUCACCGACGCGCGCGGCUUCACGGCGAGUGCGUUCGAGGAGGCGGAGGACGAUGCGGCGAAGGCGGAGCCCCGGCGCGGGGAGCCUUUCCUGACCGACCGCGACAUGCACCUGCAUAUGCCCGAGGGCAGCAUUGGCAAGGAAGGCCCGAGCGCGGGCACGGCGAUCCUGACGGCGCUGGUCAGCUUGUUGACAAGGACGCGGGUGAACCCUGAUAUUGCUAUGACGGGUGAAAUCUCGCUUGUGGGCCAGGUUCUGCCUGUUGGUGGCUUGAAGGAGAAGAUCCUGGCGGCGCACCGUGCGGGGAUCAAGACUAUCAUCGCGCCUGCGGCUAACCGCUCUGACAUCGAGGACAAGGUCCCCGAGAGCGUCAAGACCGGCAUAAGGUUCGUGUACGUCGAGGACGUGCGCGAGGUGCUCGAGGAGGUCUUCCGCGGCGAGAAGAUUGUCGAUGUCUGGAGGGAACGCAUGCCGUGGUAGAUGGGGAUCGACGGGCUGGAGACAUCUAAUGUGCGCGCCUAGCGCGCUCGAUGUGGCAUGGGUAGAGCAGGGACGGCGCGGGCGGAUGCCUUACGAGGCGUCCUCGCCCGAGGUGCUGCAGGGUCCCUUGAAGCCCGCCGCGUAGUGUGGCUACAGUAGAGCUUAGUAUGUUAUCGCGUACUCACUGUAUAUUACGAUCAGCAAGACUCGUUAUCGCAACUCUCUUUUCUAA